GAUAGCAACGUCGCAAUUGCUUAUCGUUCAUUUGUCUUGCAUUCGCAGACUACCCCAAUGCCUAGCCAGACGAGGUCCUCCAUAUGAACUGAAAAACAUUGACUGACAGGGUUGCUUGCAAGUCUCCUCUUGCUUGCCCUUAACACAACACUUACUUGCAUGCCACAAACCCCACUCUUUCCCAACAUCCACCAAGCAACUUAUAUACUCUCGCCACAAAGAACCAUUCGAUCUACCUUGGUUAUUCGUCCACACGAACACAAUGGCAUCCAAGAAUCAAGUUGAUCUCGAGUCCCAGAAGCCCGCGCCGGCGACUGCUGACGCCGUCGUUGCAUCGGCGGCUCCCAUAACCGUAACUGCCCUGCCGGUUUCUUCUGGUGGAGCUUCAUCAGUGGGGAGAAACUCAGGCUCCGUCGUCGUCGGCGUCUCCGACGGUCGGCACGUGGCGCCGGAGACCCAGCCACUCCUCCUGGCUGAGCUGCCGAACGGCGACAGCCACGACGACGAGGGACUGGGAGACGACGACGGUGGGGCUACCAGUACCACCGGCGACGAGGCGACGAGGCUGGAGCGAGCAAUGGCGAAGGCAUUCCGGAGCACCGCAGAGCUGGCCAAGCACCUCCCCACCGGCGCGGUUCUUGUCUUCGAGGUGCUGUCGCCCGUGUUCACCAACGGCGGCAAGUGCGACGACGUGAACCGCGUCAUGACGGCCUGGCUCGUGGGGCUCUGCGCCGCGGGGUGCUUCUUCCUCUGCUUCACGGACAGCUUCCACGACGCCAAGGGCACCGUGCGGUACGUGGUGGCCACUCGCCGCGGGGUGUGGGUCAUCGACGGCACGCCGCCGCCGUCGCCGGAGAAAGCCGCCGAGAAACGAGUCAAGUUCAUCGACUUCUUCCACGCGUUCAUGUCCCUCGUCGUCUUCAUGUCCGUGGCCAUGUUCGAUAGGAAUGUUGGGGCGUGCUUCAACCCUGUCAUGUCCUACGACACGCGGCAGGUGCUGACUGCCGUGCCGCUUGCCGGAGGGCUCGUCGGGACGCUGCUCUUCGCCACAUUCCCGUCGACACGGCACGGGAUCGGAUUCCCGGUCCCCGCCGCCUGAUGAGAUACAUUGUAUAUUAUUGUUGCUGUGAAUUACCAGCUGAUUUCUUUGCGUUGCGUCCCCUGUUGUCAGAUGUUUCUAGUGGUGGUGUGUCUUAUAGGGAGAGUUUGACAGCUUAUGAUUGAUUGGGAUAUUCCCGGAUAUGCACUAUUGUUUACGUUACAUUUU